CUUUUUAUUUUUUUAUUUGUUUGUUAUCGUAACAACUAUUUUUGAUUUCUUGAUUGAUUUUGGUGAUUAUUUGUAGUUCAUUAUUCCAAUGUAUUGUGGGUAACAUUUAUGAUGCACCGUUCUUAAAUAGUUACCGAUUUCUUUUAAAUUUCAUGUCAUUUCACAUUUCAUUACAUAAUUUUUAUACAAUUAUAACGCAUUAAAAUCUCACAAUAAUCAUGUUAAAAGAAAACAUUUUACGACAAAUCAUGGUGCGAAGCAUCAGCAAGGUUGAUUCUUUUGCAUCUUCGUCUGACCAAGUUGAUAUUGUCUCCGGAAUAGUGUUGAGCAAUUUAACUUGCUUUAACACCUUUCAACCAUUUUCAAAUCGUUUAUGUUGCAUAAGAUGGAUUCCAAAGCGUCCUAAUAGUCUUUUAGUAGGUGGUAAACAUGGAGAACUGUGUCUUAUUCCUGAUGUAAAUCGAUAUACCAUUUCGGGCAAUGAUGUAAAGAAUCUUGAUAUGAUUUCUGAAGGAAUUGGUCCCGGAGGCGAAAUAAGAGAGAUAAUUCCUGAUGUAACUGAUAAUAGAAAUUUCUAUUCGUUAAAUGUAUCAGGAGAGUUGGUUAAAGUCGAUAUGUCUACUCAUGAUAUAAAUGUACUUCAGCCUCAAGGUGACUUCAAUGUUUGGUAUGCCGGUUUAAAUGUCAACUUCGAUAAACGAGUCAUUAUGUUGGGAGACAACAAAGGAAAUGUUCAUAUGCUUCCUGAUUCCACGCGCUCAGGAGAGGGCGAGCGUACAAAAAUAAAAUGUCACAAACCUGGAAAGAUCAAUCACAUUGAUUUUCAUCCCAGAGAUUCUAACAUUAUGAGCACAGCCGCUACAGCAGACAUGUGUGUGAAAUUAUGGGAUAUUAGAAUGCUGGACGAUUUUAGAGAACUGGAAGUUCUACCGCACACUCGCGGGGUUAACUCAUGUUAUUUUAAUCGAACUGGACAUAAAAUGGUUACUACGGACCAGGAAAACGAAUUGCGAAUAUAUUCAUCUGGCGAUUGGAGUCAUAUUGCUACUAUUAUUCAUCCUCAUCGACAUUUCCAAUUUAUUACCAAUAUUAGAGCUGAAUGGCAUCCUUUAACCGACUUAAUUGCCGUCGGAAAUUUUCCUAAACUUAUGAACGAAACAAAACUUGUUAAUUUUUUCGAUGGUCGCGAUGGCAGAGAGAUUAUGGUACUUGAAAAUCCAAAUAAUAAAAUUUGCUCUCUCAAUCGAUUCAACUACACUGGUGACAUUCUUGCGUCUAUGUAUCAAACGGAGAUUGUUAUUUGGAAACAAAAGGGAUCUCCAGAUGAAAAAGCUUAUAAGAAGAAAAUUAUACGAUUUAGACGCAAUAGGAGAAACAAUCAAAGUGACAGUGACAACGACAAAGAUAGUGAAAGUGGCAGUGACAGUGACAGUAGCAGUGACGACGAUGAUGAUGAUCUUGGUAAAACAAAAGGUAAAGGUAAAGGCAAAGGAAAAAGUCAAGGAAAAAGUCAGGGAAAAAGCCAAGGAAAAAGUCAAGGAAAAGUUCAAAGAAAAGUUGAAGGGAAAGGAACAAAAAAAGUUCAAGAAGCAGCCACAAAAACCAAAAAAACUCCACCGAAGAAAGAAACGAGAAAACUUCCUCCACGAAAUGCAAAGAGAAAGAGCUGAUUUCUGUCACAUUUUAUUACUUCAGAAUAUAUUUUAAAUAUUUUUUUAAAACAAUAAGUAGUCCCUCGAUGUUUUUUGCAAAAAAAAUGGUUAAGAAAAAUGGGGCUUUUUCUCCUAGACUCACUUUUGAAAUUGAAGAUUUUAAUUUUCUAUUGUUAAUUUGAUCUUUUAUAACCAGUUUAGUGAUUGUUUGAUCAGCAAAUUUCAAACGGUUAUUUUAAGAUAAGCACCAGCUUUUCCAAUUCCUUUUGCAAAAGUCGAGGGACUAAAUUAACUGCAUGUUCAAAAUUUUCCAUUUAUAUUUUUUCACAUUCGUUGUAUAUUGCUUGUUAUCUAUUCAUGAUAAAAAUUUAUUUCAUUGACAAUUUGGAAUACUCUCUGUUUGAUUAAGACUGAAAAAUUGUUUGCUUUACAUGCAUUAUUUUAUGUUCCAUCGUUUUGUACAGAAACAUGAAAAUAAGUUGAAUUAUAAUAAACCCCUCAAAGGUUCAUCUUGCGAGUGAACCGAGAACAAAAUAA